UUUUUCUUGUUUCGCUUUUCCUUUUCUUUCUCUGUACUCUCCAUCAUCGGCCCGGACUGUCGCUCGUUGCUUGGUCGUCAGUCGUUUUAUCGACCGACUGCACUCAUUCCUUUCAUCCUUUCGCUUCCUUGUUGCGCCGGCGCAACCAUUCAUUGCAUCGACCGUCAAUUGAGUUGUCGGCACCUGCAUAAAUUCAUCACUGAUCCGUCGGUCAAAUCUUACGGACAUCUACUGCUCGAUUGAGGAUCGAUCUACGGGCACGGCUAGUCAAAUCCACCCACUACUUUUUUGAAAGAUGGCCAAGUUUAUCCUCUCGUUCUUCGCGCUGGCCGCCAUAUGUGUCAAUCCCAUCUACGCCGUACCGGAUGGAGACGUUCAAGCUCACCAGAGUGGAGGCGCAGAACAUAUUGUCAUCAUUGACAGCGCUCAUCCAGCUCCGCCUGCGGUUGCCGAAGUCCUGAACCGACUGGCCCUCGACCCAAACCAUCCCGAUGUUAAAUGGAUUUACAACAACAGUGCCUUCACGGGCUUCUCCGCCUCGAUGGGUAGCCACUGUCUCGGUCUGCUUGCCAACAUGAGCGAUGUCAGCACUGUCGAGAAGGCCAUGACAGUGUCCAGCGCCCUCGUCAUGCCCCGACAGGCUCCGCAAUAUUUCUCCCGUGCCAGCGCUCCAUGGGGUCUGCAGAGCCUCGCUUCCCCUGUUCAGCCUCCCCGCGGCAGUAGCAUCAGUGCUGAAUUGGGCUACACCUACUCAUACACCGAUACCUCACUCGGCGCGGGUUCCGAUGUCUACAUUCUCGAUACUGGCAUCUACACGCAACACAACAUCUUCGGCGGUCGAGCCAAGAUGGCGUGGAGCUUCCAGGGCGACAACGUCGCCGACAAUGAUGGACAUGGUACGCACGUUGCUGGCACUGCCGCCGGCUCCAUCCUCGGAAUCGCAUCUAAUGCCAACAUCUGGGGCAUCAAGGGUCUGGCAGGUGACGGCAGCGGCUGGUCGUCCAACGUCAUCGCCGGAAUCGAUUUCGUCCUCAAACAGCACGAAGCUCGUCGCGGAGGACCUGACUUUGUCGGCUCCGUCCUCUCCAUGUCUCUCUCCUCCGGCACGGUCGUCGCGGCCAUCGACUCAGCCGUGGCCGCUUGCGUGAACGCCGGGAUCCACGUCUGCGUUGCUGCAGGAAACGAGGGCGUAGACGCUUGCAGCGCCUCGCCAGCCUCAUCAGGAGGUGCAAACGGCCGCGGCGCCAUCACCGUCGGCGCCGUCGACGUCAACCUCAAGCACGCCGACUUCUCCAACUACGGUUCCUGCGUCGACGUCUACGCGCCCGGUGUGGACGUCGUCUCCUCGUGGAUCGGCGCGCCCAACGUCAUCAAUGUCCUCUCUGGCACCUCCAUGGCCACCCCUCACGUCUCCGGCGUCGUCGCCUACCUCAUGGCCCGCAAUCCCGAGCUCGCCGCCAGCCCAGCGCUGAUGAAGAAGUGGAUCCUCGACAAUGCCCGGCCCCUGGCGGACGGCACUUUGUUGUUGACGAAUGGCGCACCCGCGGCCGCCGCGGCCAGCUCUGGAAAGAAGGUGCGUGAUGCGCGGCCGGACUUUGUCUUCGCCGACGAGGAUCACAACAGCAGCGGGUUCCUCCACAGGGCAUUCACCAAGCUCGAUGUGUCGCAGCUCUGGUCGUAAUAGAAGUCAAGAGAUUUGGUUCAUGUCGUGUUCUUUUCAAAUACACAGGAGCGCUGUCUGGUGCAGCCGCCUGUUGCUUUUUU